AUGUCUUCUUCUACUACCACCACCACCACAAAGACAGAAAAUACUGGUCUAGAUAACUUAUUGUAUGAUAGAACCAAAUAUCAAAAUAAAAUGGCUGAAAUGAUACCAAGAAAUGAAUCCUCUGAUUAUAAUAUCAGUAGACCCGGUAAAGGAGUUGUAUAUUAUAUCUCUCAUCCACAUGAACUUCGAGCUGAUCAUCAAGUUUGGCAUUAUCUUUAUUUGUGCACUUUAAUAUUUGCUGCAUUCAUUUCAUUAUUUAUUGGACCAGUAAUUUUCGGAAUGUUAGCAGCAAUUGGUGGUAUUGGUACUCCAAUUGCAUUAAGUGUUUUAGGUGGAACUUUAGGUUUAAUUUUUGGUGUAUUAUUUGGUGUUGUAUUUGCAGUCGUUUGUAUUGUUGCUUUGGUUAGAGCUUUAGGUACAGGCGCUGGUUGGGUUUUAGAUACCCUUAUAUAUGGUGGAAAUGAAUUAUUGGAAACCACCAAGAAUAAUAUUAGAGAUUUGAUUUAUGAGCAUUAG